AUGGGGCAUUCUUCCAAAGGUCAGAGGAAUGUAAUAUCGUUGCACUUUUCUUGGUCUAACUCUAAACGGUAUCGGAUUCCAGAGUUCCCGUUUUCGAUGGAGAACAUCCCGAGGCAAACCAGCUUCGGCUGCUUUUCACUCAAGAUUGGGAGCAUCUUUUCAGCGCUAAUCGUCAUACUCUACUCAGUCUUGGCCCUAGCGCAAUGCCUGGCCAUACUCAGCGGGUGGCCACACGAGCCCCAUCUCAACAGUCCAAUGGCCUAUGGCCUGGUGGUGACCGUCGCCAUCGUGCAUGCUGUCACGCUGUUCCUAUCCACCGUCAUGCUGAUUGGAGCACUGAGGGAAGACGCCCGCCUCAUGCGGCCGUGGGUGAUCUGGACCUCCAUCCAAGUGAUGUGCUACAUGCUGCUGUUCAUCUUCUACAUGGUGAAUAACUUCUCUGACAACAGCCUCACGGUCUACGUCAUCGAGCUCCUUAGCUUGCUGGUCCAUUGCUACAUGCUGAUGCUAGUGUCCAGCUACUACAAGCAGCUGGAGGAAGAGCGAGACGAAAGACUAAAGAGUCUCAUCAACAAAGACAUUUGGCAUGAGUACGCGUAAGACGGACUGAAUAAUGGAGCGUUUUCACGAUCAACUCCCAUGUAUAAUGUAAUAGUUUAUGUGACCGCUA